ACUGUAUUUGUGAAAUAAUGUCAACAAAAAUAAACCAGGGUAAUUUGGAUCCAAAUACGCCCACAUAUUGGAAAUGGAUUAUAGCGUUCUCGUGCUCUUGGAUUAAUGUAUUCACUUUCGGUAUAUUCCGAUCAAUUGGACUCCUAUUCGGUGCGUUUGUGUCGGAGUACGACUGUACGUACCGACAGGCCUCGUGGCCGGUGUCCCUAAUCGGCAGUUUUGCGAGUAUUACCGGUUUAUUGGCCGCAUUUUUGAGCCAUUAUUUCCAGAUCCGGACACUGGUGUUCACGGGUGUACUUAUUUGCUCAUUCGCCACAUCCAUCUGCUAUUUGGCCACAGAUAUCAUUCAAAUCACUAUUUUCUUGGGAGUCAUUCAGGGUAUUGGUGUGGGUUUAGUGACCAAUUUAUUGCCGGCGAUUAUCGCCCAAUACUUUGGCAAACAGCGGGCCAUAGCGUGCGGCAUAUCGUACGCGGGGUCGACGGCCGGCGCCUUCAUAUUCCCGCUAUUCAUUGAAUGGCAAUUAUAUACCUUUGAACUGAGCGGCACUUUACUACUCAUGGGAGGUAUCACACUUCACGGCCUGAUCGGUGCGCUACUCCUGCGCCCAAUUGAGACCAGCGAUCAAAAGUCGGCCCUAAACGGUGUCAAUAAGCGAGUGGUUGGCGUUAUGAACAGUCCGGCGCUCAAUAGGCAGCCACUGAUCGACGAGUGCGAGACAGUUGUGUUUUUGCGUAAGAAUCGCGAGGAGAGUGACCACCAGUACGUCAACAUAAACUCACUGCGAGAGCGGCCAAAAUCUAUCGCCGACUUCGGCGCCGUCUCUGCCGUACCGCCGGUCGUCAAAAUGAGAGACACUCUGACCAGACAUCACGUCGACCGCAAUCGAGUCAAUCGCAUGUCUUUACCCGUGUUUCACGAGCGCCGCUUUGUCCGCGAUCUCAACCAUAGUCUGGCCACCGCUCACCAGUCGGCCCAUAGCUUAGCGGCCGGCAAUACUUUGCCUAAGACCGCCUCUCCGCCCAAAAUCAAGUAUAGUUUAAUGGAUAGUAUGCGACGGCAUGUGAGAGAAGACCUAAAGCUCUUUUUGAACAUACAUUUCCAACUCUGUUCCCAAACAUAUCUCGUCUUUAUCAUCGAUUUUGUCAUUUUUCUCAUUAUUUUACCUGAUUUUGCCAUUGAUAGAGGAUUGACA